AUGAAGGCUAACAAGUGGCUAUUAGAUCUCGACAGGACCUUCAAGAUCAGCGAUUGUACUGAGGAACAGAAGUUACAGAAUGCAAAGCACCUGCUGCAGGGUGAAGUUGGAAUUUGGUGGGACACCAAGAGACAACUUCUAAUUACAGAAUUGGGAAAUAUCACCAUUUUGACCUGGGAGAGGUUUAAGGAGGAAUUUGACAAUCGUUUCGUCCCAAAUUCAAUGAAGACUCAAAAGGCCCAGGAGUUUGCCACGUUAGUACAAGGCAAUCUCACUGUUGAGCAGUAUGCUAUGAAGUUUAUGGAGUUGGGAAGGUUUGCCCCACACUUGAUUGCUAUUGAGAAAAUACAAGCCCAGAAGUUUCAAGCAGGGCUGAAUCCUAGAAUUCGCAGUUAUAAUGUUCUAGGAGGAAAAAACAUUCCUAACAAACGGCCCAAUCAGAGCCCACCUACUCAAGCCCGUGUUUAUGCCAUCACCCUUGGUGAUAUCAGCGAGGAAAUCCCUGAGGACGAGGAAACAAACGUUAUCACUGGAGGAAUGGUGAAGGCUACCCCUUCUCUGAUUUCAGCUUUGCAGUCAAGAAAGUGCAUCGCUAAUGGUGCCAUAGCCUACUUAGCCCUCAUAAUGGAGAGUUUUCGUGAUGAUAAGGAGAUACGAGGGAUACCUGUAGUUGAGGAAUACCCUAAGGUUUUCAUUGACGAUCUACCCGGACUACCCCCCGAUAGAGAAAUCGAGUUCACCAUAGAACUAGAACCCACAACAACCCCUGUCCAUAAAACCCCUUACCUGAAGAACAAGUACCCGUUACCACGUAUCGAUGACCUACUAGAUCAAUUGCAAGCAGCAUCAGUGUUCUCUAAGAUUGACUUAAGGUCUGGUUAUCAUCAACUCAAGAUUAAGGAGAAGGAUAUCCCUAAGACGGCAUUUCGAACCAGAUACAGACAUCACGAAGAAUUCGUGAUGUCCUUUGGUCUAACCAAUGCCCCGGCCGCCUUCAUGGAUAUGAUGAACAGAGUAUUCAGACCCAAUCUGGAUAGCUUUGUUGUUGUAUUGAUUGACGAUAUAUUGAUUUAUUCAAGCAGCGAAGAAGAUCACAAGCAGUAUCUUCGUUUACCAUUUGUAUGCCAAAUUCAGUAA